CUGCGCCUCGGCACAGAGGCGGGCGGCGGGGAGCUUGGCUGUGCCGCCUUCCCGGGCCAGCCGCCGCCGCCUCCUCUUUUGCGCGCCCGCUGGAGAAAGAAAGGCCGCUUUGCCGCUCCCGUGCGCGCCCGAGACGGCAGCUAUCUUUGCGAAGGGAGGAAGGAUCGAGAAGAGUGAGAGAACUUUGCGCUUCGCUUUAAUCUCAGUGACCCAAGAAUCGAACGCAAUGGCUUCCAGGGAAGAUUUUGCUGGACUGCAGCAUCUUUGGGAUUAAAGACCUUGGACUUGCUCACUCAUCGUCUAAUCCAAAACAGAACACCGGACGUCCCUUGGCUGACAUCCAUAGCUAUGACUGGAAAGAUGGCAUCUAGUCUUACCUGUACGGGAGUGAUCUGGGCCUUUUGUUCCUUCCUGUGUGCCGGUGUUUCUUGCGUGGGGUUCUUCAUGCCUUACUGGCUACUGGGAUCUCAGCUGGAGAAAUCAGUGUCGUUUGGCACUUUCCGGAGGUGCUCUUACCCAGUACGAGAUGAGAGCCGCCAGAUCACUGUGAUGGUGGAGCAGUGUGGACGCUAUGCAUCCUUCCAAGCCAUUCCAAGCGUGGAGUGGAGGAUCUGCACUGUGGUGACGGGGCUGGGUUGCGGCCUUCUCCUUCUGGUGGCCCUGACUGCACUCAUGGGCUGCUGUGUGUCCGAGCUCAUCUCCAGAGCUGUGGGCAGGGUUGCUGGAGGCAUCCAAUUCCUGGGAGGCUUGCUAAUUGGUUCUGGCUGUGCUCUUUAUCCUCUGGGCUGGGACAGCGAGGAAGUCAAGCAAACCUGUGGUAACCUUUCUAACCAGUUUGAACUGGGCACUUGCGAAAUUGGCUGGGCUUAUUACUGCACCGGAGGAGGGGCCGCCGCAGCGAUGCUGAUCUGCACUUGGCUGGCCUGUUUUUCGGGCAAGAAACAGAAACAAUAUCCUUAUUGAGACGAGGAGUUCCCAGGAAGCAAGUGAACCAGUGUCCAGAAAGCAAAAAAGAAAUAGGAGCAAUGAGCUGCGCCAGCCUCUCUUGGAGAGUUGCAUUAGCUCUUUUGUGUAGUUGGACCCAAACAAAACAAAGUUGGAACUGAUGUGUAAUGCUGUGAAUGUUGGUGGGAGUGUCACUGCAUCUUGAUGGUUAUCCACCAAGUCUCAUGCAAGAUGCGGGAUUCGAACAGAUUAUUCCUAGGAGAUUCCGGUAGUGUAAAACUGCUGGAAAUGUCCCCUAUUUGGAAAAAAAAAUGUGUGUGUGUGUGUUUUUUAAAGCAGAUUAUUAAUUGAAAGGGUUGCAAAAAUUACCGUGUUGGAAUACAAGAAUGCAGCCUUUUAAAAGGACAUUUCACAGCCCUGCAAGGGUAGGGAAGGAUCAAGAGUGUUUCCUAACAGCUGGCAUUCAUUUGGACAGAUGCACUGAUUUUCUUGGAGUGAUGAGCGAGACCGUUUUGCGGCUGGAGCAGUUGCCGGGUGCGGCUGGAGGGCACCUGUUUUUAGGCCUUAAAGUGUUAGCCUUGUAGAGCUUCCCCAACCUGAUGCGUUGGCCCCAUUUGGAGUUGAAGCAAACUCAGCACAAAAAGGGAGACAAAAAACCUCCCUUAUGAUGAGACUCCUGACAAGCACACCUGCGUAUCUUUGCACAAACACCUUCCCUUUCCCGACAUGUCACAGCCUUGCAGAAGAAUAUGAAAACCGACUGGCCGACAAACACUUUGACUAGUCUUGGACUAGCUUGCCCACUGUGAAGCUUCAGUUGUAACCGGCUGAAGCUCACCCUGGAAGGCACGUUGUCGCUCAGGCAAAAGGUCACGGCCGAAAGGGUCUUUUCAUCCUCCAUAUAGAAGCACAUGAAUUCACGCGACAGUCUUCCGUUCACAUCUGCGCACACCAACUCACUCUUUUUGAUUCCCACGAAGCAUACAGGGUCGACGUUAUGCACAAAUGCACAUAAUGGCAACCGUGAACAGCUUUUUGUUUUGUUUUGCACAGAAGAGGCAUCGGGGAGUGGAGAAAGAAGAGGCAAAGAAAAAGAUGAGUGCCCCUCCCCUCCCCAUCUCUCCUUUCUGAAUGGCAGGAGGUACCCUUCCGCACACUCAUGUGAAACAUAUAGCCCACAUUUUCUUCACAAUCUCAUCGCGCGCUCAGACAUUAAUUCUCCCUCCCCCUGCACUUACACAGGCAAUUUCCCUUCAAAACAGAUUUUCUCCCUCCUUAGAAACGCAGCACAGAGUGCAACGUUCUCUCUGUCCCUUUUGUGCAUAUUUCCCCUUUCGUCAAAAUCCCCGCCCCGCUCUUUCUGUCCCCCCACAAGCUCUCCUUCUUCAACCGUUGCAUUUAUUCCAAGGAGAAGUGACACAACCUAUCCGGCCUCCCAUUAUCUUCCUUCGCAAUGUGGCUUCGGACGUUCACUUGACUCGGUAACAGAAGAAAACCAAGCCUAUUGAUUUCUCAGAUGCCGCAUCUGGGUCUCCUAUGAAGGGGAGAGGAGAUGGGCACGUGGCCCACAGGAAAUUCUCCUCUUUGCACAAGACCCAAAAAUAGCAACAGAGGAUGUGUGGGUGGGUCACUCCGACUUAUUCGGUUUCUGCUGCAGGUGAAUGCCAGAAGCGUCUCCUGUAACACGAGCACUGUGGAACAGAGCAAUUACAAUGAACACUCCAUGCACUUCUUUAUUUUUUUAAUUUUUUCGUCGUUCGCGAAAAGCGUCGAAUUGCAGUAUUAAACCGCAUUUUUAAAAACUAAAACCCAACGGGCCACUUUUUUUCUUCAGUAUUUUGUAUAAUCUGUGUAUACACGUUCUCAAAUUUUAUUAAUGGGCUUUUCAGACCUGUACAAGUUUUAUUAACUGCAAUGUUUUUUCAAGGUUAUUACAAAAAAUGCAAUAUUUUACUCAGCGUAUGUAGCCUUUUAGAUAGAAUAUUCCUGUGAAGGGCAGUUCUGUCCACUGCAACGUCUUAUAUGUGCGGUACAGUAGGAUGUUACUAUUUAUGCAAAAAGCAACGACAAACAUCUUCCAGAUUUUGUUACUAAUACCAGUAGGUAAUUGUUGUUGUGUAGUGCUGUAUUGUUUUUGUCGUUUUUAAUAUGUGUCUUUGUAAUGCAAUAUAAACUGUACUAUUGUUUGUAUUUUAGAAUCAGUAUAAAUGUCUUUAUGAUAAUUCCAA